CCCCCGCAGGGCAGGGGCCGGCCACGGCUGGCGUCGGCGGGGCGUGGAGAAACCGCGGCGGCGGCCGCAUCCUUGCCGCCUGCCCCGGCCGGGCCGUGUCCCGGAGCCGUCGGGCAUGGAGCCGUGGAAGCAGUGCGCGCAGUGGCUCAUCCACUGCAAGGUGCUGCCCGCCAACCACCGUGUGACCUGGGACUCGGCGCAGGUGUUCGACCUGGCGCAGACCCUCCGCGAUGGAGUCCUGCUCUGCCAGCUGCUCAACAAUCUCCGGGCGCACUCCAUCAACCUGAAGGAGAUCAACCUGAGGCCGCAGAUGUCCCAGUUUCUCUGUUUGAAGAACAUAAGGACAUUCCUCACGGCCUGUUGCGAGACCUUUGGAAUGAGAAAGAGUGAACUCUUUGAAGCAUUUGACCUGUUUGAUGUUCGUGACUUUGGAAAGGUUAUAGAAACACUAUCACGACUUUCUCGCACACCUAUAGCACUGGCCACAGGAAUCAGGCCCUUCCCAACUGAAGAGAGCAUUAGUGAUGAAGACAUCUACAAAGGCCUUCCUGAUUUGAUAGAUGAAACGCACGUGGAGGAUGAAGAAGGUCUCUACGACUGUGUUUAUGGGGAAGAUGAAGGUGGAGAAGUCUACGAGGACUUAAUGAAAGCAGAGGAAGCACAUCAACCUAAAUGUCCAGAAAAUGAUGUACGAAGUUGCUGCCUAGCAGAAAUUAAGCAGACAGAAGAAAAAUACACAGAAACAUUGGAGUCAAUAGAAAAAUAUUUCAUGGCACCACUAAAAAGAUUUCUGACAGCAGCAGAAUUUGAUUCAGUAUUCAUCAACAUUCCUGAACUUGUAAAAGUUCAUCGGAACCUAAUGCAAGAGAUUCAUGAUUCCAUUGUAAAUAAAAAUGACCAGAACUUGUAUCAAGUUUUUAUUAACUACAAGGAAAGGUUGGUUAUCUAUGGGCAGUACUGCAGUGGAGUGGAGUUGGCCAUCUCGAGUUUAGACAAUAUUUCUAAGACAAAAGAAGAUGUAAAACUGAAAUUAGAGGAAUGUUCCAAAAGAGCAAAUAAUGGAAAAUUCACUCUUCGAGAUUUGCUUGUGGUUCCUAUGCAACGUGUUUUAAAGUAUCACCUUCUCCUCCAGGAAUUGGUCAAGCAUACCACCGAUCUUACUGAGAAGGCAAAUCUGAAAUUGGCUCUUGAUGCAAUGAAGGACUUGGCACAAUAUGUGAAUGAAGUGAAAAGAGAUAAUGAGACCCUUCGUGAAAUUAAACAGUUUCAGCUUUCUAUAGAAAAUCUGAACCAACCGGUUUUGCUUUUUGGACGACCUCAGGGAGAUGGUGAAAUUCGAAUAACUACUCUAGACAAGCACACGAAACAAGAAAGGCAUAUCUUCUUAUUUGAUUUGGCAGUGAUUGUAUGUAAAAGGAAAGGCGAUAACUAUGAAAUGAAGGAAAUAAUAGAUCUUCAGCAGUACAAAAUAGCCAACAAUCCUACAACUGAUAAAGAAAAUAAAAAGUGGUCUUAUGGCUUCUACCUCAUCCAUACCCAGGGACAAAAUGGAUUAGAAUUUUAUUGCAAAACAAAAGAUUUAAAGAAAAAAUGGCUGGAACAGUUUGAAAUGGCUUUAUCGAACAUAAGGCCAGACUACGCAGACUCCAAUUUCCAUGAGUUCAAGAUGCACACCUUCAAUCGGGUUACAUCCUGCAAAGUCUGCCAGAUGCUCCUGAGAGGAACAUUUUAUCAAGGCUAUUUAUGUUUUAAGUGUGGCGCGAGAGCACACAAAGAAUGCUUGGGAAGAGUAGACAAUUGUGGCAGAGUUAAUUCUGCUGAACCAGGGACGCUCAAACCACCAGAGAAACGGACCAAUGGACUCCGAAGAAGCCCCAGACAGGUGGAUCCAGGCUUACCAAAGAUGCAGGUCAUUAAGAACUAUACAGGAGUACCACUCCCAGCUCAUCAUGAAGGACCCCCACUGCAUAUCCAGGCAGGGGAUACAGUCGAACUUCUGAGAGGAGAUGCCCACAGUCUGUUCUGGCAGGGUAGAAAUUUAGCAUCUGGAGAAGUUGGAUUUUUUCCAAGUGAUGCUGUUAAGCCUUGCCCGUGUGUGCCCAAACCUGUAGAUUAUUCUUGCCAACCCUGCAACUUAGUUUAUUCACACUAAACAGACAGUUUCAUGGGAAAUGCUUUCUGCUGGGGGACAAAAUGGUCAAGAAUAUCAGAAAUGGAAACUUCCAAUUUUGGAAAUACUACACUGUUUAGAGAAAAUGAUGCUGAAUGAUGACAUGUGGUUCUCAAGUCAUCAAGAAGUUGGAUAUCCACCAACUGCAUUGUCUAUUCAUUACAUCUCCAUUUAAAAACAAGUUACUCUCACAAGGUAAACUUUGUCUCUUGGGUAGAAUCAAGGUGAUUAUCUUCAUUUGCCUGGGUAUGGAAUUCUAGGUGAGAAACUAUUUUGCAUCUCAGAUUUUCAGACUUUGCUCUAUUGUCUUAUAACUUCCAACUCAAUGACAUUCUGAUUUAUUUUCUUUCUUUCUCUCUCUCUCCCCCUCCUUCCUUCUCUCCCCCACCUUCCUUUCCAAGAGAAGAAAUCUACAGCUUUAUUUAUUUACUUGACAGUAAAUCCAAAUCCUUUAGGGGUACAACAUCAAAUGGAUUCUGUGGCCAGUGCCUUUAGUAGGAAGGUUGCUUUGGGAUUUGGCGCGAACCAUGUCACUGUUUCUAUGAGCCUGAGUUACUUUUCCCCAGAUUACUCUGGUUUUGUUCCAUUUGCCACCAAGAGUCAUUGUAUUGCUCUUUGUUUUGUACACGUAAGCAUAUCUCUGCCUAGAAUUCAGUUUCAUCUUGAGCAUAAACACCUUCAAUUUUUAAGAAGAGCUGUGUGCGUCCUCUGGUUCUGGAGGCCCCGCUUUCUAGACAGCAAAAACGGUCUUGGACCACAGCCUUCCAGUCAUAUUUGUUGGAUUUAGGAGUCCUUUUCCCAGCAGACCUCCACAGUUCCAAGAUGGUGGGAAGAGACCAUUCUGAUUUCUGAUUCUUUGUAUGUAGUCUGAUUGUGUGUGUGUGUGUUGGCAGGCGUCAGGGGGGCGGAGGGCGGUGCACAUUCUGCAGGCAGGGAUGAGACGUGGGGCUUAAAACUGGGGAACCAUCUGAAAAUCCAUAUGAAGAACAGGAUGCAGGUGCCAAGAUUCCUACCCCAUUCUCCAAAUAGUCAGACAACUUACUUUUCACUACCAUAGCAGGAGACAGUAGAAUUAGAAGGUUUAUUAUGUGGGAAAAACUGAGCCAUGUAGGGCUUAUACUUAGAAAGAGCAAUGCCAGCAGAGAUUGAGGGAGAUGCUGUGCUGUGGAGUAGUCAAAUUAAGGAAAGUCUACACACUGACUGAUGACGAUCCCCAGGUCCUUUAUAUAGCUCAGUUCCAAUACUGUGACAGCUGGGUCUAAUACACACAGACUAUCCUCUCAUUGCAUCCAGACAGGAAUCUGGAAGAUUUUUCUCUAAAGGAACUGAAUAGACUCGGUUAAAAAAAAAAAAAUCCGAAAAUCAUUUGGGUAUUAUCCAGCCCCAUGAAUCACAUUCUUGCCAAAUGAUUAUGUUCCUACCCAGAGAGUCUGCUUUGGUGCUCCCCACCCCCACUGAGAUGCCUCUCUCCCAAAUAUAAACAGGCAACAAAGAGAACUAGGCAUUUGAGAAAAGCCUUGAACUAGAGAGCAAAUAGAAUAAAUGGGGAAAAUAAACAAGGAAAAGGCAGACAUUAAAAUGAGCAGAAGAAAGAUUUAGUUUUUAAGCCUUUAAUUUAUAUUCUCAGAAUUAAGAGAUGACAAUACCUAAGGAAGUGAGCUGGAUGCUUUAUAAAAGGAAAAUCAGAGAACAAAAAAGAGCUCUUCUAAAUUACAUAUUAAGUAGUAGAGUUGGAAAAUAAAGUCGAGCAAAUCCUCCAGAAAAUCAGAGAAAUAAUUUGAUAAUAUGGAAGAAAAGAUAGGGAAAUUAGACAAUUAAUCCAGGAGGCACAGCCUUUGUUUAGUGGAACUCAAGAAAGAGAAAACAGAGCAGCAAUUGUCAAAAAAAAAAAAAAAAAAAGACAAAAUUUUCCCAGAACUGAAGGAUAUAUGGCUCCAAAUCAAAGAUGCCACUGAGAACCCAGGACAGUACUGAAGUAAAACGUAUGGCAUUUAACUGGAAGGCACGUUAUCAUGAAAUUUUACAAUAUAGAGCAGACAGAGUCUGAAAGCUUCCAGGGAGGAAAAAGAAAUCAGAUCACAUACAAAGAAUCAGAAUGGCACUCAAUUGCCAGUGAGAAGACAAUAGGACAGUGUCUCAAAAUCUGAGAAGAAAAGUAAUUUCUCACCUAGAAUUGUAUACUCAGACAAGUUCUCAAUUAAAUAUCAAGUAAAAUUAAAAUGUUUUUUCUGGAUGGGAGGCUUUCUGAGUAUUACAACCUAUGUAUCCACUUACAGGAAGCUGAAGGAUGAGCUAAUAAACCAAUAAAGAGGGAGAUAGAGAAUCCAGGGAAUGAAACCAAUGGGAUGUCCCAAGAUUGUAAUAAUUCAGCACGCUUAGAGAGCAAGUAGUAGUGACUAGACCAAGAGAGUCUAGAAGAAAUGAAUGUCUCCGUAGAAAAAAAAUGGACAGGUUUAGUGUAUGGUGUUGAGAAGUGUAUUACUCAGGGGUUUAUCAUUCUCUUAGAGAAUUUGGAGAGAAUUUGCAAGGUAAGAUAUAGCGAACAAAAACUUGAGGAAUUGUUUUUUGGGUGUCGGAUGUUCUUUGACUAUGAAAACGUGACAAAACUGGGCCAGAUGAUGGCUUGGCUUUGUAGAGGUUAUGGAAACAAGAGUGAGGAGAAGCACCAUGAAGGAACGAGCACAAAUGGAGAAGAAAAUUAUUUUCCUUCCUGACACCUAAAAUUAAUAAAUUAAGAAUUGUAGUUUGAUUAUUUAGAAAUAUGCAAGCACAGAUUUAAAAAAAAUAGAUAAAAUGCUUGAAAUGGAACUUGGGAUAUAAAACUAACCAGAUGGGGUGAUGCUACUUUUUCAUUAUUAUUAUAGCACUAGUUGACUUUCAGAAGCUAUGUUCAUGUGCUCCUUUGACAAAAAUGCAUAUACUAUAUACUAAUUGCAGUAGGUGCCCUGGAGAGACUACAAUAGUGUAAUAAGAAUAAUAGAGUGAAGUGUAAGAUGCAGGACAACAUUCUUCAGAUGAGAUGGUCAGAGAAGGUCACUCUAAGCUUGAGUGAUGAGAAGGAAUGUAUAUGAAUUGGGUGAGUGUUGUACAGGCAGUGACAGUCUAUGGGAAGACUCUUAAGACCAAAAAGAGGCUGGUAAAUUCCUGAACCUGAAAGAAGGUUGGAGACUAGUGAGAGAUAAGAUGGAAGAGUGAUCAGAACAUCCCAGGUACUGGGGCGCCUGGGUGGCUCAGUGGGUUAAAGCCUCUGCUUUGGACUCAGGUCGUGAUCCCAGGGGUCCUGGGAUCGAGCCCCGCAUCAGGCUCUCUGUUCAGCAGGGAGCCUGCUUUCCUUCCUCUCUCUCUGCCUGCCUCUCUGCCUACUUGUGAUCUCUGUCAAAUAAAUUAAAAAAAAAAAAAAAAAAGAACAUCCUGGAUACUAAUAGUUCAUAGGUUAUCAUAAAUGCUUUUAUCCCAAGGUACCAUCUGCAUAAAAUGCCCUUGCCUGUCCUUCUAUACUUGCUAGAAAUCUCACAUGUCUUCCUUCAACAAACUUUUGUAUCUUAAAUAAGCAUUUAGUAUAAAUUAAAGGUGGGUAUUUAAACUGAGUUACCCUAGUCUAUGUGUGAAUCAGAGAAUUUUCUGGAAUACUAAUUCGUGAAGUUUUGAAAUACUAAGUCAUGAGUUUUGAGAUGUGAAAUUUUUCCCUUUAACUUUCAUUGCCCAAAAUCUCUGCUAUAUUUUGCCAUUGAAUGUAAAACAUUGUAUUUGAUGUGAAAGGGUCACUAUAGAGUAUCUUAACAUUGGAUUUGGGCCAUUGAUUAUUACUGUUAAUGUUAUGGAAUUUGGGUAUGUAUAAGGUGCAAAUAGUUUAGGAAGAAUUCUAUUGUUGAAAAUAUCUACCUUUUAUUUUUUAAAUUUGGUUAAUUUUUUUUAAUUUAAUUUUAUUUUAUUUUAUUCCAGUUUUCCAAGAUUCAUUUGUUUAUGCACCACACCCAGUGCUCCAUGCAAUAUGUGCCCUCCUUAAUACUCACCACCAGGUUCACCUAAACCCCCUACACCCUCCCCUCUAAAAUUUCACCUUUUAUAUGCAAAUGUCCUAUACGUGAUAGUCCCUCCCUUACAAGUCUUUUUCCUUCUUCUUCUCAAACUCCCUGUAAGUCUCUCUCUAACUCAAUACCUACUCACUCCUCUCUUUGUCUCGUUUAUUUAUUAGAUAAAUAUUGACUGGGUGCUUUUAUGCAUUAGGCACUGUUCACUUUACCAUGCUAGCUUUGUAGAGCCUUUGCUUUUCACUUUUCAAAGGACAUUUUUUUUGCCUUAUUUUUUGAAGCAAUGUAAUUAGUUAGUAUCGAAGUAAAAAACAGCUCUGAUCUGCCACUAAGUUAAAAUCUUGACAGAUACUUACUUUCAGCUUCGGUUC